CUGUUUCAAGGCGCCUCUGCCGACGCGCGCCCCGCAAUGCGCAGCCAGACUGGAAGGGGCUCCUGGAAACAGGCGGCGUGGAACUGAUGGAGUGACACAAAUGGCUAGUGGAGUCGGAGCUGGGUUGUUGCUCGAAUUGAGGCUGUUUUCCUUUGGCAUCGGAAUUGCUUGAAAUUAAAAUCAUUUUCUCUAACGUAAGUUUUUAAAAGAAAUCGAAAAACUUAUGCUGUACUGAAUGCCGUGAGAACAAAUAUUUGUGCCAGAGUGAAAGAAGUAGUUUGAAGAGAUGGGAAGAGCAAGAGAAAGUAUGGCUGUGUGUAAUUGUUCCCAUCUGGAUUUGUGCAAACUUGCGAGCUCUCGAUGGCUGUUUGUGCUCCAUUUGUUUCUGCAAAGUUUGGGACCCGUGCGGCCGCAGUACAAUGGCGAAAGAGGCAUCUCGAUUCCAGACCACGGCUUCUGCCAGCCGAUCUCGAUCCCUCUGUGUACGGACAUCGCCUAUAACCAAACCAUCAUGCCGAACUUGCUGGGGCACACCAAUCAGGAAGACGCCGGCCUGGAAGUUCACCAGUUCUACCCGCUGGUGAAAGUACAGUGUUCGCCCGAGCUGAAGUUUUUCCUCUGCUCCAUGUACGCGCCGGUGUGCACCGUGCUGGAGCAGGCGAUCCCCCCGUGCCGAUCGCUAUGUGAGAGGGCCAGGCAGGGGUGCGAGGCGCUCAUGAACAAAUUCGGUUUCCAGUGGCCCGAGAGACUCCGAUGCGAAAACUUUCCAGUCCACGGAUCUAUCGACCUGUGCGUCGGGCAGAACAGAACUGAGAAGGGCAGCCCGACCUUAGAUCCCACACAAACGUUACCCGUCGUCGGCACCGUUCCCCCCUUUCUGGGCCAGUUUACCUGCCCUCGGGUAUUGAAGGUACCCACUUAUCUGAACUACCAUUUUCUGGGGGAGAAGGACUGCGGCGCUCCCUGCGAGUCCUCUAGAACCAACGGGCUGAUGUAUUUCAGCCAAGAGGAGCUGAAGUUUGCGAGGAUCUGGAUCGGUAUUUGGUCAGUUCUGUGCUGCGCCUCGACCCUAUUCACGGUGCUCACCUAUCUGGUGGAUAUGCAGAGGUUCAGCUACCCGGAGCGGCCCAUCAUAUUCCUGUCGGGCUGUUACACAAUGGUGGCCAUCGCCUACAUCGGUGGCUUUCUGCUGGAAGAAAAAGUGGUGUGCAACGAGAAGUUCGCCGAAGACGGCUACAAAACGGUGGCCCAGGGCACCAAGAAAGAAGGCUGCACCAUUCUCUUCAUGAUGCUGUACUUCUUCAGCAUGGCCAGCUCGAUCUGGUGGGUAAUCCUGUCACUGACUUGGUUCCUGGCAGCUGGGAUGAAAUGGGGUCACGAAGCCAUCGAGGCCAACUCCCAGUACUUUCACCUGGCUGCCUGGGCAGUGCCAGCCAUCAAAACCAUCACCAUAUUGGCAGUGGGCCAGGUGGACGGAGACGUGUUGAGCGGGGUCUGCUUCGUAGGGCUCAACAACGUGGACGCGAUGCGAGGCUUCGUUCUGGCCCCGCUCUUCGUCUACCUGUUCAUCGGCACCUCGUUUCUCUUGGCCGGCUUCGUGUCGCUCUUUCGUAUUCGGACCAUCAUGAAACACGACGGCACCAAGACCGAGAAGCUGGAGAAACUUAUGGUGCGCAUCGGCAUCUUCAGCGUCCUCUACACGGUGCCGGCCACCAUUGUCAUCGCCUGUUACUUCUACGAGCAAGCCUUCAGGGAGCAGUGGGAGAGGAGCUGGGUCAACCAGGCCUGCAAGAGUUACGCCAUACCCUGCCCCCGGAACCAGCAGCCUCCCAUGACGCCGGAUUUCACUGUCUACAUGAUCAAAUAUCUCAUGACACUUAUAGUGGGCAUCACCUCCGGCUUUUGGAUCUGGUCUGGUAAGACUUUACAUUCUUGGCGCAAGUUCUACACUAGACUCACAAACAGUAAGCACGGAGAGACGACGGUGUGAGUGAGGGGAAGACGCUCUUCCCUCCGCGUUUUCCUUCCCGAAAAGGGAGGCUCGAACCACACAGAGUGAAGCCUGAGUUUUCCGAUGUGACAGACUAUUUCAAAUUCUGUAUGUUGUUGUAAAUAGCAUCUGUAAAUUUUUUUUGUAAUUAUAUAUUUGUAUUUAAAAUAUCGCCUCCAGAGGUGUUAUCCUGUUUCCUCAAUAUGUGGAGAUUUUUGUUUUGUCGUGAGGGGGAGGGUAUUGGGAGGGGGAAGUGCUCGGAAAUCGUCUUAACUUGUAGUCGGACGCUGAGAACGAACCUUUAAAAUGAGUCAGACUUGAAAGUUGAUCCUGGUGCCUGCCAACUCUCAUGUCUGAAUGUUGAACCUAUCGAGAGAUAAAUUAGACCUGGAGGCAAUUAGUCUUAUCCCGGAAUGAAAAACUUCCCUUGGGUCCUAACGCUAACCAAGUUAUCGCUGUUGUUCUUUACACAAAUUAGAAAUGGGAGAACAUGAGAGAGAAAAUAAGUAGAUUUAAAAUAAAAGGAGAAAUAACGCCUUCAUGCGUUCAUACCCUUUGACACGCAAAUUGCAGUCUAGCAUUCCUUCCUCAAUAAUAAGCUGGUAAUUCUGAUUUCUUGCGUACUGAUCAACCCAAAGUAAACAUCCCAAAAUACUGGCGGAAAACAUAAAGGGCACAAGAGCACUUAGUUUUACAGUUUAAAAAAUAGUUGGCAUAUUCGUAGACAGUAGCAUUUUUAUUGGCUGGGUAUUAAAAGGGUAAAAAUCCCCCAGUGUUAUGCUGAAUGAAUGAAGGAUCGUUCUCAGUUUGCUUUUGUUAUGAUUUGGUAUUGCUUUAACAUUCGUUGGACAGCAUUUACUGGUUUUCUACAGCAAUGCGUAAAGAGAUUGUUCAAAAGUCUGAAAUCCGGCGAGAAGUUUGUUCCCAACAGAUACUGAACAGCUGAAUAAGCAAACGUUAACAUUCCUUGGUAAUCUUGUUUUUAACUGUUUUCUUUGGCGAACAGGGGAAUGUUGAAAUUCAGAACCAUGUGGACUGAAUAGAGUUUGAGUUGAGGCUAAUGUUUAGCCCCAUAGGUGUGGAGGUAGAGCAGAAUAUGGUUCAGUCAGUGUUUUAUUAAAAACUAAAAAUCCAUUCUGUUUCCAAGUGAGUGGGCUGAAAACAAAGUAUCUAUAGAAUAUUGUGUGGUACCAAAUCCAGCAUGUUUACUCUGCUGAUUGAAAUGUGGAUUAUUUUUAUCAGAAAACUACAAACUUUGUUUCCCAUUGUACUAUAUUACAAGCAUUUCAGUACAAACAUUUUAAAGGCACCAUAACUGCACAGACUUUUUUUAUUAUGUACUGUAUCUUCAAAUAAUUUGCAUGAUUGUUAUCAAAUAAUUAAUAGGAGUCUGUAGCCAUAACGACAUACAAGCCUGUACUUAUGGUUCAAAUUCAUUAUUGGCUUAAGUCCCUGAUAAGCAAAAAAAUUGUCUGAACUUCGUAUUCAUUUAUUCUUGUUCACCAUUACAGAAUCCUUUAUAUUUAUAGAGUAAUAGAAAGUUUAUAUAUUCCAUAUUUUUAAUUUCUCUGAAAUAAAACUGAAAUUUUUCUACAAAAAUCGUGUCUGCCUAACAGAAGCUUAUGUGUCCUUAAUAAAAGGAAUGCACUAUUAUGUAGCAUUUGAACA